AUGCUGCGCUCUAAGAGACCGAAGGAACCCAACCCCCUCAAGAUAAUUAUCUUUGGUGAGGAGCUUGUCGGCAAGACAUGUUUUAUUGACAUGUUCCUCGAAGGCAAGCACUUUAUCAGUCAUGGUCCCGUCGACUCCGAACCACUUUCAAGAACCAUCUCGUAUGCAAACGAGACCUGGAGCUUUUCUUUCAUAGAUUUGAACCUCAACAGCGACAUCUCUCCCAGAUACCGCGAAGUCUUACAUACUUAUAUAGCCAGCGCGGAUGGCGUUGUUCUGUUAUACGAUGUUACGUCUCUGUUUUCCUUUAAUCACCUUAUCCAACAUACGUAUCUGCAGAUCUGGCAGUGUCGCAACACCGUAUUCAUCAAAGAUGGCGCAGAAGGGAGGAUACAAGGAUUAAAGAAGAGGUUCGGGUGCGUGGUAGUUGGUAAUAAGAAGGACAUCAUCGACAGGGACGAAGGGAAGAGGCAAGUGAAGAAGGAAAUGGCAGACCAGUGGGCUUCAAGCCAGGGUUUCCGUCAUAUCGAAAUCAGUUCAAAUGAAAGGAAAGAGGUUGAGGAUGCUGUACAAGCCCUGGUGGACAGUGUGCAGAGGGCACGGAGGAUGGAUGCGAAAGAUAUUAGAGACAGCAAGAGCGACAUGAAGGGGUGGAGCAAGAAGAUUGGGAAACAUAUACAAGAGUAUUCAGCGAAGAUGUCUACUUCCAGCACCGAAACGUCCCCGUUAACUCUCAUAUCAGCAACGCCAUCACCGUUUGCACGCAUGAACCGCAUCGCGCUCACUUUAAAAGGCAUACCUUUUGAACUUCAAAACGAGAUACCCUGGCAAAGUGCAACAGAAACACCCAAAUACAACCCUUUGGAAAAAUUACCCAUCUUACUUUUCCUUGAUGGCCGACCACCCGUAUACGAUAGUGCACACAUUCAGGAGUACAUCGUGCGCAAGUACGCCGACAAGGGACCAAAACUAAUCACCGACGACGUCGACCUUGACUUGCAAAUUCGACAGAUCGUCGUCCUCAGCGAGGGAUGUAUGGACGCCAUUGUGAUAGCUCGAUUCGAAGGCCGACGCGAAAAAGAAAAGCAGUCUCAGCUUUGGCUCGGCAGGCAGAAUCGCAAAAUUGACGGUGCGAUGCGGGCUUUUGAUGAAAUGAUACGGAGCACGAAAGAGAAAGGGAAGGUCUAUCUUGUUGGCGAUGAGUUGACCAUUGCCGAUAUUGCGGUUGUGUGCACUGUUGGAUUCAUCGAAUUCGCCGAGAUGAGGCCUGAAUGGAAGAGCAAAUAUGAGGUAUUGGCGCAGUGGUUUGAGGAACUAGACCAGAAGAAGGUGUUUGCAGAAACGAGGCCUGUAAUGUUCAACUUGAGCGAAACUGUGGUAUAG